AAACAUUUAAGCGCAUUGUAGAAAUGGAUACAUUAGCAACACAAGAUAUUGUCGACGGCGAUUUUAGUGAAGAAGAUCUUUUGCAGAGUAAUGCAUGGGGUCGAUUGUUCCCUCUAGGUGCAAGUUUUGUGGCAAUGGACCUCACAGCAGAUUCAUACAGUUUUGGUCGAGGUGAAGAUUGUGAUAUUCCUUUCAGUAACAGUGCAUCUAGAAAACACCAGUGUUUUCAAGCAUACAGCAAAAUUCACUUUAAGCUCCAUAGACAAAAAACAAACACAGGCAUCCAUGUAUUUUUAGAAGACACUAGUAGCAAUGGAACCUUCAUUAAUGGAGAGAAAGUUGGAAAAAACAAGAAGCAGGUUUUAAACAACAAUGAUGAAAUAGCACUGGCUAUGAAAAAAAAUAAAGCUUAUGUUUUCAUGGACCUACAUACAAAAGAAGAUUCCACUUUGCCAUCAGCACUAACAGAGAAGUACACGUUGACCAGGGUAUUAGGAAAAGGUGCAUGUGGAGAAGUCAGACUUGCAUUUGCUAAAGGUUCAUGUGAAAAAUUUGCUUGCAAAAUCAUUUCCAAAAAAAAAUUUUCUGUUGGUGGAAAGUCACAACUGAAUCUAGCAUCACAGGUUAUGGGUGAAGUCAAAAUUUUGAAAUCACUGAAGCAUCCUUGCAUAAUAAAGAUAGAAGAUGUUAUAGACACACCAGAUACACUAUAUAUUCUGUUAGAACUUGUUGAGGGUGGUGAACUUUUUGAUAAAGUUGUGUCUAUUGAUAAGUAUGAUGAAAAGACUGGAAAGCUUCUAUUUUACCAAAUGGCUUCAGCAAUAAAGUAUUUACAUGAUGAAGGGAUCACACAUAGAGAUCUAAAGCCAGAAAACAUUCUGCUUGCUUCUGAUGACCUUGAAACUUUAAUAAAGGUUACAGAUUUUGGCUUGUCUAAAUUUGUGGAUGCCGGAUCAAUGAUGAAAACAUUUUGUGGCACGCCAACUUAUCUAGCACCUGAGAUUUUAAAAUCUGCUGGCACUGGUGCAUACACUAAAGCUAUAGAUUGUUGGAGCCUUGGGGUCAUCUUAUUUAUUAUGCUGUCUGGUUAUCCCCCUUUCUCUGAUGAACGUACAGACAUGGAGCUGCCUAAGCAAAUAGUUGGAGGCCAUUUUUCUUUCCCUAAACAGUAUUGGAAGGAUGUCUCAGAUACAGCCAUUGACCUUAUCAAAAAGAUGAUGGUGAUUGAUCCAAAGAAACGCAUCACAUUUGCAGAAAUUCUUAACCAUCCUUGGUUAAAGGAUGAAGAAAUGAAAGCAAAAGCCAAUGCAUUAAUGUUUCCUAACAGUGAUGGGAUGGUGCCUCCCAAGACACCCACUGGUAAAAGAAAAGCUGCAGGUGAAAGUGAUGAGCCAGCCACCAAGAGGAACUUGUCUGAUACCACUCCUCCAGAGACACCAUGAAAAUGAUCAAGUCAUGUAUAAUUAGAGAUGUUUGUAUGAAUCCUACAUUAGAUUAGAUUUAUUAGAUUAGAAUUAUCCCAUUGUUUUUUAUUUCUAUACUUGUAUAUCUGUAAGCAUGAUUUUAUGAUGAAAAAAAACUGAGCUAGAUAAUUUGUUUAGUAUGUGAACUAACCUUAGACUUCUUAACAAAAACAACAAACCUUUUCUGUAUCGUUGUUAAACUUUAGGUUUUACUUUUGAAUUCAAAUAUUUCUUAACUUGGAAAAAAAUCGUUACAUUAGUAAUUCUGUACCUUCUAAUAAUUGCAUCAUGGUUAUUUUUUAUGUCUGUUUUUGUUGAUGGAAAAAACAAUCGUUUAGUAUUUCUUAACAUAUGCUCAUUUUUGUAUUUGUAUAUACAAAGACAACUCAUGUUCUGUUGUCUCCUUUGUAAACUUGCUUUUGAUAAGUAUUUUUGUAGAGCAAAAAUAAAACUUGAAACAUUGUCUAAUGGUUAACAGGUGUUUUCUAUGUGAAGGUUUAUCUAGUUCUUCAAUAAAAAAAAAACACAUGAUUUUAUAUGAUAUACACAACUAACCUUUGAAAUAUCUUUCAUUGAGUGAAAUUGUUGAGACCCAUUUACUACUCAUAUAUUGAGAAGGUUGUUUAUAAAAAAUUAUACAAAAUGAAUUAUAAAUGACUUUUUUACAAGAAUGAAAUGAUUAAUUACUAUUUCAUUGAGACCAAAGCAUGUAAGUUAUGAAACUUCUUUAUGCUAAUGUGCCAUACACUAAUCAAACUAUUUUGAGUAGGUUAAAAAUAAGUUUAUACAUUAACAGGUAAUGUAUGGACUAACUGUUUUUAUUUAAAGGUACAUUUUUAUAUCUUUUUUUUUUAUGUACCAAUGUUUUGAUACUUACCUGUAAAAAAGAUUUUUAAUGAAAACCACUUUUAUGUCUUUUCUUACAUUCAUAUAUAUACAUUUAUAUUUACCAACUGCUGCCAGGUAACUAGCAACAUAUAUUUUUAUUUAGACAUUAUUUUGUUGUAUACAUGUAGAGUAGCAUAUACAAUCUUAAUUAUUGUUGCUGUCAACCUGAUUUACCCAGCAGCAGUGCCAGGCGCAGUAAAAAGAUGUGUCUUUUUUGUCUUAAGAAUAUUUUAUUGUCAAAAAAAUUUAAAAUAAUUGACUAAAUAUAAUUUCAUAAUUCUUAAGAAUCUUUUAGAAAAGAAUAAAAACAUAAUUAAAAUCUAUAGCCUAAAUAGUUCUGUUGUGCCUUGAAUUAUUAUUUACAAUUUUUCCAGUGUGCCUACGAAAGAGCAGGGCUCGGAUCACACAUUUUUGACAGACUUGAUUCUAGAUUGCUGUCUUUUAUGGAAGCUCCAUGAUAUCUUUCCAACCAUAUUUUAACUGAAGACCAGCCUCCAAUUCUAAAUUUUGUUUUCAGUUCUGUACUUACUUUUCACAUUAUUGACUGUUUUGUGCUUUUAACUUUGAAAAGACAUUUAUAGGCAACAUGUCAAACAUUGUCAUAUUGAGUCUGAACUUUCAAGUGUUAGAACUAGGGGAUCAAAGAAAAAAAGUUCAGGAAUAUGAAAUGAAGUUUCAUAAUUCAAACUAAAUAAAUUUUUAGUUAAAUUUCAUAUAAACAAAGUUUUUUUUCAUCCCUUUAUAGUGCUCAUUUGUCAUCAAGCCACCACAUCAUAAAACUCAUGUUAAAAUAAUUGUUAAACAUUAGCAGCUGAUAUAUGUAUAUAUUGAAAAUCGGUAAAUUAGAUUAAUUAAAAAUACAUUUAAAUGAACAACUUUUUGAUGUAAUUAUUAUAUAAGUGAAUGUCACCUAUCACAAUGAAAUGAACCCUAUUGUAGCAAUAGAUCACUUUACAUUCUUUAUAUCUUUAGCAAGCUUUUUGAUUCAACUUUUGCUAAUGAAAUGAACUAAUCCCUCAAAUUCUUCAAUAGUAUUAAUUUAUAAACUUUUUUUUUUUUUAAUACAUGUUUGCCUUAUCAAAAACAAAAGCUCUGAUUCUGUAUAACACAUUUGUGUUAAAGGGUCAUGCUAACUUUACUUCUUACUUAUAUUUACUUUAAAAAAAAAUGACGGCAAUGUCUUCGAUUGCGAAGAUUAAGGAUAAUAGCAGUGUUACACAUGACUGCGCAAACCCUGCUGCUUUAAAAAAUUUUUUAUGUAAUUAACUGUUUAAAAUAAAUACUUAUGUAAUUAGUUUAUGUAAGUUAAUAUUUAUGUCAUUUUAUCUUCAAUUGGUUUCAACACUGUGACAAAGCUCAAAGUGUUGAAAUCUGAAGUAUUUAAGUACUUGCAUAUUAUUUUUUUAUCUUUGUUUAAGAGCAUAUGCAACAAUUAAAGGCAUUUUUAUUUAGAAGGGUAUCAGGGCAUUUAUUUGUAACAGAAUAACUACAGAAUACAUUAUUGAUUGGUAACAUUGGAGAAACAAAUCUAGAAUUCCAAGAUAAUGUAACCUGAAAAAAAGAAUGUUCUUGUUCAGCAUGAGACCCCUCAGAAUUUCUACUGCUAGUUUUUUUGCUUGUUUGUUAAUAAAAAUGCAAUGCACAAUCAAUGAUAAACUAUCUUACGUUGAUAAAACUGAGUUGUUGUGGUUCUGAUUUUAAGUAAAGCUAGAUUCACUGGUUCUUAUAGCUAAUUGGUUAUGUGGGGGUAUUAUGUCAAGUACCCAUUUAAAGCAAGUAAAUUCAAAAUUCACCAGGCUCUAUCAUCCUUAGAAAUAGCAGUUAUUUCUUUAAAUGAGAAGUUAAUUACUAUCCAUGUGUGACAUGAAGACCUUUCAAUUGGCUGUAAAGUACUUAGCCACCCCAUCCUCGACAAGUAAAAUUGUGUACAAAUUGUUUCUAUGUUACCAGCAGUAACAUUCCAUUCAGGCAUGUUGUUGUGACUUCAAAGGUUAAUGUGUUAUUUGCGUGUGUUUUUUAAGUCAUAAAAGUAAUCAAUUUAUUUCCGUAAAAUGUAUUGUCUAUCAUUUAAUGUUAAUAUUUAGUUGAAAAAAUGUGUAACUGAAUGUGAUUGAAAUGUUUAUCAUAAAUGAAAGUGAUAUUGAUGGUUAUAAAAAGUUUGUCUACACUUGUAUAUUUUCUGGUUCUGUUUAUUUUCACAUAUCCUAAAAAGAUUGCCAUGAUCUCCAUUGAUUAGAUAGUCUCAUCACGUUUUUCUUCUCAUGUCUUGGUAGCUUGCACUGUUUUGGAACAGAGGAACUGAUAAUUUUUAGAAACAACCUAUUUUUAAAAAAGUGUAUUUUAAUUUUUUUUUCUUUUACUCAUGUUAUUAUCAUUACUUUCAUUGCUUUUGACAUCCACAAGGAUUUUGCAAUCAAACUAUUCAGAAAAAUGGAUAUUAAGUUUGGUGACUACUUCAGAACAAUAAAUAUAGGGAGAUUUUUUUUCAGCUAUUGCCAUUGUUUAGGAACCUGAGCUAACAUCUGUUGUAGAUUUUCCAACAAGGUUUCUCUGAUUUUAUUUGGAGUGAAUUAGAUCUGAGCCAUGUAAUUGCUGUUUAGUAACAAUGAAAUGAUGCACAAAACUGCUGUUCAAUUUCUAAGUUGUUCUUAUCUGAGCCAUUAAAAUACAUUUUUGUUUCAA